AUGGCGGGAAAUCGAAGAUUCAUCAAACACGGUGGUGUGCUUCACAGGCUUGUCAGUCACUCGUCUGAACUCCUCCUUUCCCCACAAUCAAUCGACUUUUGCGAUUCCAGGAGUCGCAGUCUAUGCUCUUCAUGCGCGCGCACAUUUCACGCCUUCUCCAGCUUCAACAUCAGCUCAGAGUCACAGUCAAGAGUGCAGAGGUGCAGAGGAAACAGCAAACACUUGUCUCAAAAGAUUCAAAUUCUUGCUUCACGUGAUUGGCACUUUUGUGAACUCUUGA